UUGACACCUCUAGAUACAAUACAAUACUCUCCAUUAUGUGUAAGGAACAUGUUUUCAAAACUGAAGGUUUUCAUGAAUGCUUGGCCAAGUUCUUUCACGGUUUUGUUUCAAAAUAUGCUCUGCUUCAGCAUGCUGUGGAGGUUGACCGAAAUCUGAAAGAGGCUAGCAAAAUUGCUAACGAUCUCCUUGAAGACGCCGAUAGAAUCGGCGCCAUGAGAGUCUCUCGACUAGCCUCUGAUGUUCAUUCCAAAGCAAUACAAGAGAUUUUUGACGAGGUGAAAAUUUUAAUUGAGAAGCUGUUGGUGGAGUUCAAAUAUUUCAAGAAGGAAAUGAUUAAGCUUUAUAAGCUUGUUAAGGAGGAUACUGAAAUGCUUGGUCUCUACUAAGUUCAUUGGAGAUGUGGGAUUUCUAGCUUCUACAAACCAGUUCUUUUCCUAGUAUUUCGUUUCCUAAAACUUUUGUUAUGUUUUGAGAGUGACUAUUUUGUCUCAUGUUAAUUAAUUUGUGGUAUGCUACUAUUUAUUAUGUUUUGAGUGUUAUGAUGAUUGGUACCCUUGAGACUUACUGCAUUUUGAUGGUGUAAUGGUAUUUUGAUUGUGUUUUAA